AUGAUCGGGCAGCCGUGGUCGCUGUACCUGCCGGUGUUCGCCGACGCCGCCUCCCCCUGCGGCCUCGCCCUCGCCGCCAUGGCCGCCGCCCUCGAGAGCAACGCCUCGCUGGGGUGGUGGACUCGUGGGGAAGCUCCCGACGGCUUCCUCUACGGCAACCCUCACUUCGUGGGCGUCGGCGUCUACGGCGAGUGCGUCCGAGCCCAGUCUCCUGACUUCGGCCUCAAGGGAAAGUUCUGGACAACACCACCGUCGCCCAAGCCAAGAGAAGACGAAGCCAGACCUCUCCUUAUCCAGGGCUUCGCUAACACGUACGUAGGGUUCUCUUCUCGGUAUUCUACGUGCAUCCCCGACGCCUGCACGGAAAGGGACUUGAUGACAAGCGUGAGUAAAGCUGUCGAUGGCAUUAAAGAAGUGAGUGUCAUGUGUCAGACGCUGGACGAGACACCUCAGUUUACCGGCGCGGAUAUCGCUGUCAUAAGUUUCCUAAGCAUCAUGUUGGCACUGAUGGUGAUUGGCACUGUCAUCGACGUAUUCUGCCGCUUCGCCAAGAGGUCUGCCACUGCCACAGGCGCCCGGUUCCUCCUGCCCUUCUCCGUGUACACCAACUUGGAGAAAAUGUUCCUUAUAACAACGGAGCCUCGACCCGGGAUAAUCACCUGUCUCACCGGAAUGAGGGUCUUGUCGAUGGGCUGGGUAAUCCUUGGUCAUCAGUAUCUUUUCGAUAUUUUGAUCUCUUACAACUACUCUCAUAUAGGCAAGUGGACGAGCGGACUGUUCUUCCAAAUCAUCUUCAACGCCACAGUGAGCACGGACUCCUUUUUAUUCCUGUCGGGGCUUCUGGUGAGCUACGGCGUCCUGAAGGAGAUCAAGAGGACGGGCAAACUGAACAUCAUCAUGUACAUUGUCCACAGACUUAUCAGAUUAACAGUUGAGAUGAAAUGCCUCGGCCAGUGCUGGUACACCGCCGUGGACACCCAGCUGUACCUGGUGGCUCCCUUUCGUGCUGCUGCCCCUCGCCUUCUACCCCUCCAAAGGGAUUCUAAUCUGUUUACUCCAGGGAAGAUUCUGCUGUUCCUGGUAACUCUGGUGUCCUUCAUAAUCCCAGCAGCUGUUACCUACGCCUACGACCUUCCUCCGGGGUCGAUCUGGGGCGGUGAUGACAACGUUGACAACACAGGCUAUGAGAGGAAGGUAUACUACACUCCGUGGUGCCGCAUGAGCGCCUACAUCGUGGGCAUCUGGACUGGCUACAUCAUCUUCAACCAGGGAUCAAAGAAACUCGUCUUGUCUCCUGUGCAGGUAUUGACGGGCUGGACGGUGGCCGUAUUUUCGGCUCUGGCGGUGUUGCUCGGCGCGUGGAGUUACAACCACAUAGGAACCACCUAUUACUAUGACCCGAUAACCCAGGUCUUGUACGGCGGUCUCCACAGGGGCGUUUGGUGUCUCGCUCUGGCUUGGGUGGUGGUGGCUUGUCACUUCGGCUACGGAGGUGCAGUGAAUACCUUCCUCUCUCAUCCUUCGUGGCAGCCUCUCUCUCGCCUCACAUACUGCAUGUACCUCGUCGCGCUUCCCAUUCAGAUCAUUCUGAUUUUCAACACCAAGGACCUUCUCUAUUUCACCCAUGUGAAUAAGAUUAUCCAGACCUGCGGCACCGUCUUCCUUUCGAUUAUCCUGGCCGUGUUGCUCUCGCUCACGGCAGAGGUUCCUAUCUUGGGUCUCGAGAAAAUUAUAUUCAAGCGACCAGGUCGAGGGAAUGACAACCCGAAAACUACAACUCCCACCGAAAAGCAAGGUCAGGAUAACCUCGCUUUCUCCGGAGAAAUGGACGAGAAAGGUGACCUCGCGAAGAAGGAGGAGGUCCGGCAGAACGGUGACCUCGACAUCCCAGACGCCAUACUCGGAGAAAGAACAAACGACUGA